AUGAGCUGGUUCUUUGCGCUUCUUGAGCACGCUGAGAGGAAGGACUGGGUCAAAAGAAGCCCGGAAAUGGCUCUGGGCAUACUCGUGCACUUCAUCGCCUCAAAAACGCAGAGCACCUCAGCAGCAGCAAAGGAAAAAAUACGGCGGAUAUACGCGUCCACACUCGACUAUCUGCACGAGGAAAGCGAAGCCUUCUCCCCGGAAGAAUGCGCCCCUCCCACGGCAAGCCCAGACGCAAAAAAGCAGAAGGUUCAGGCCCUUGUAACGGCAAUGAACGGCCUUUUCUUGCUGAUUGAGAAGGAAAAGAGCGACCAGCACCUCCUGUACUACGCCCCCAUCGUGUGCGACUUCAUCCUGUCGAAAUUUGCGACGGAAAGAGUGAAAGUCUCCCUCGCCAGAAAAGUCUCCCAAAUUCUUUUCAUGGAGUGCCCAGACGAGGCCUUCGCAGAAGUUGCAAAUGCACUCGCACGCCUGGAGGAAGAAGGCGAAGAUCUUCCCGAAAUAUCCGCAAGUGCCCAGAAGAAGGCAACGCAUAAGACGAUGCAAAGACUCUUCAACUUCCAGCGGGAGCACCCGAAGCAGCUGAAAGUCCUGCACAAACUGGGGAUCGACAGGAGUCUUAUUGCAAGGCCCUGCCGUGCCCUGAAGCCCAGCCGAAACAAUAACCCCGAAGAGUCCUCCCCCGAGAAGAUGCACCUGCGCAUAGAAAAGAGCCUGUGCAUAAGCGCCUUCUUGGAGAAGCUGCAGGCUGCCUUCGACAGGAAGCUCUUGGGCACCCUCCCGAAGAAGAAGGAGCUUGAGAUGGCGAAGGCCCUGGAGAGGCACGAGAAAGCAUUCCUCUCGGAAACAAAGGCCUCGGAAAGUCUCCCCGUCGAAAUCAUCCAGCACUCUCUCGCAUGGGGGAGAAGCAAGACCGACGUAAAAAGGGCUGCAAAGAAGCACGUAAGAGAAAAGGCCGGAAACCCCCCAAAAUACGUCCCAGUCCUUCUGGCGUGGUGCGAAUUGCACGACAGAGCAUCGCUCCAGGGGGACUGCUCGGGGCUCAGCGCGGAAAGUGCAGGCGUUUUUUGGGACAGCUUUUUCUUCUUUCUCUCCCUGUGCGGGGCGGAGAGUGUGCAGGUUCGGGAGGCGUGGAACUCCGUGAAGGGGCAUUUUCGGGGGUUCCUGCGCCUGGAAAAUACCCGUAUCCUCGAGAGGCUGCACAGAAAGUAUCCGUGGACGCUGAAGGUUCCGGAGGUCGUCGAGGCGUACACGUGCAGGGGGAAAGAGCCUGCUCCCUUGCAGGACUUCUACGUGCAGCAACUCGUCCUGCACCGGAUCCAGGGCGUGGUGGAAAAGCACGGACUUCACGAAGUUGCCUGCACUGAGAUGCUGAAAAUGAAGGAUAAAAGCGCGCAGGAGAUGCUCUGGGGGAUAGACCCGGAGUUUGCAGGGAAGAGUGCACUUUCCUGCAGGAAGACUUUCCCCUUCAUGAAAGUCCCGGAAAUAGUCGAGUAUGCAGAGGCGUACGCACGGCAGACAGCAGGCAUUAGCGAGGAGGCGAAGAAAGUGGUGCCCCUCCUGCUGAAGGAGGACCUUUCAGAGAUCCCUGCAGAGCAAAUCCGCGAGAUACUUUGCAGGACCAACCGGGAGGAAAAAGUCCAAAUACUUCUCCACGUGAUGUACAUGUUCGCCCUCCUGGAAACAGAUGCCCCCGUUCUCGACAGCAUGGCCCAGGCCCUUGAUCCGGACGCGCACGAAAAACCCCCAAAAAUAGUCUAG